AUGUUACCUGAAUUGGAUGAUCUCUCUCCUGAAUGUGAUAUCGAGGCUGCCGACGUUGGGGAACCUGGUGAGGGUACAGAUGUUCAGGAAAAGCAGUUAAAGGCCAUCCUGACAAAACACCAUAAGAUCUUCCUAGGUGACGGAAAUGCUGCCCCGCCUCCGGCGAGGGGCGCCAUCUGUGAUUUAGGUGUAGGUGAUGCUAGGCCAGUUGCCCAACGAGCCCGAUCGGUCGGUCCACACUUGGCGAUCAAGGUAUACAAAUUGUUGAAGAAGCUCUUGGAAGCUACACUUAUUGAACACUCUGAAUCGCCAUGGGCAUCCCCAAUUGUGAUCGUACUCAAGAAGAAUGGAGUGGACAUUCGAAUGUGCAUCGACUAUCGAGUCGUGAACAGUUUCAUUCAAAUAUCGAAUUACUCACUACCACUGAUCGACGAUCUCAUUACUGGUUUCGAGGGAAUGAUGUGGUUUAUGAGUCUAGACAUGGCGAGUGGUUUCUGGGCAGUCCGAAUGACCGAGAGGGCUAAGCUGAUCUCGGCAUUUACCUGUCCAUUCGGGGACUUCCAAUGGGUACGUAUGCCAUUCGGGUUGAAGAACGCCCCACUAAUCUACCAACAGAUGAUCAAUAAUUGCCUGUGGGGUUUUGUGCGGCUGUCGCCCGAGGAAGAAGCACUUUCGUGGAUCAGGAUGUGUUAG